UUGAUGGAUCGAUCGAAGCAAGUCCAAACAGUUGGAGCACCGGAGUGCACCGGAGUGCGUGCGGUCGGUGAAGACUGAAGAGUGUUUUGUUGGUUAUAGUUUAUUAAUUAUAAACGAGAUUACAAUAAGAAAAUCAUGUCUCACUGAUUAAAUGAUGUCACAUGAAACGUAAGGCCGAUUAAGGUUAGGGUUACCUUUGAUACGUGACAGCCUGGUGAGGUUAUUGAGGUUAUAACUGGUUAUGAUGAUGAUGCCCGGAAAAACUCCAGUGCAAGAGAACCUUCUGGGACUGUCCUGGCAUGACAGCACAUGGAUCCCCGUCCUCAAUCCCAGCAACGUCAUGGACUACUUUACCGAAAGAAGCAACCCGUUCUACGAUCGGCUGUGCAAUAACGAGAUAAUAAAGAUGCAGCGGUUGAGUCCCGAUCAGCUGACUACCAUGACGGGCACGGAAUACAUCCUCUUGCACGUGCAGGAGCCGAUUCUCUACGUGAUUAGGAAGCAGAACAGGAUUUCGCCGACCGCCGCGACGGCGAUCGCUAACUACUACAUUAUCGCUGGCGUUGUGUAUCAGGCUCCCGAUUUGGGAUCUAUCGUGAGCUCCAGAGUGUUGUCGACAAUUCACCACCUGCAGUCCGCCUUCGACGAAGCAAGCGGCUGCUCCCGGUAUCACCCCAGCAAAGGAUACUCCUGGGACUUCAAGAACGGCAAGGCCUUGGCCACGAAGAAGGAGACGCCGGUGCGCGACGAGCCCGGCUCGCUGUUCCAGCGACAACGAGUCGACAUGUUGCUCGCGGAACUCGUCCGCAAAUUUCCCCUGCCGGUGCCGAAGCCGGUGCACCAAGCGGCGGAGCCCCCCAUAGAGAUCAAGCAGGAACCGAAAGACAGGAGCGAGAAGAAGGACAUGAAACCACCGCCGGAGAAGAAACCUAGGGUCAAUUAAUGAAAAACGAGAAGGGACGAGUGUGAGGUGUGUUUGUAUAAAACUUUCCGCGCCGAUUUUGUAAGAUAUAGAUAAGUAGAAUUGUACGACGAUGUGUGCAAAAGUAUAACUUAUUCCCCGUGAGGCAAUAACGCAUAUUUAUGUACUCCUCUUUAAAACGAUUUAAUGCGAUUUUGUACGUGCAAUGUGUUUCUCAUAAUCAAUAAUAGUUAUUUUUAAGAGCAGGCGUUUAAUAUUUAACUCGACGAGCGCUUCGUCGUUCUUAUCUCUUCUUGUAACGACACGGACAAUCGGGAUUGCCGAAAGGGUAUAGCAGGAUAAGCAUGUAUGUGCUGCCCCCGCUAGGAUCUGGAUGAGAUUUUUACAAUAAGUUGUCAUUGAUGUGAGAUUAAAUUUUCCAAAAGAUUAUAUCUGAAAAAAAAUUUUUAUGGGAGUUAUGGGGGUAAGAAGAAAAAUCGAAAACAAUUUUUUUCUCGAGAACGGCUGAACCGAUUGUGAUGAAAAAAAUACAUGUUAUGUGUUAUUUUUUCUCAUGCACAUUCUUUCCAGCUAAAAUACUUGCUUUGGAUUUUCGUUUGCCAUACUUGAUUUGACUUGUCAUAGUAAGAAAUGUCUGCGACAAAUAAAAAUCCUAGAUGUGCUGGAUGUGAUAAGUUUUUAUUUAAAGUACAUGG